GGGAGGGAAUGAGGAGUUUUCUGAGUGCACAGUUGUUCUUGGGUCUGUGAGUGCAAUCCACAAAGAGAGAGGCUGGAUCAGGCUGCACAGCUGGAAUAGGAUAGGUCAGUGCAAAGGGAGAAAAAAAAAAGUGGGGAGCUGAAAGUUAUUAGUGAGAGCGAAAGACUAAAGACUGUUUAUAGACAGAUGUUGAGUCGUGCAUUUAUAUCCACAGUCCACUAAGAAGUGAUGUCACCUGGACGCUGAACAGCACAAUAACAAGAGCGCAGGACAGACAGACUGAAGCACAGGUGAUCCGAAAGCCUGAAAUCAAGCGAAGCUGAAGAUAUGGGGAUGAUGCAGAAAAUUCUCCUCUGCCAAUUGAUUAUUUUACACAGUCAGCUUGUUUAUUUAUACUCAGUGCCCGCCAGCCAGCAGAACCCAGAGAGUGUGGUGGUAUCUGUAAAUAACAUCAGUGCACAUACUGGCUCCCAGGCCCUCUUGCUUUGUCAGAGCUAUCGCAUGGUAUGGACACAGGACAACCUUCUAGACAGGCAGCGCGUUCUACACUGGGACCUGAUUAGCAGUCAGGGGUUCUACCGUGGGGAGCGGCUGCUGGACAUGUUUUCUGCUGGAGAGCAACGCUUAUAUGGCGGAUAUAACCAAGGCCGUAUCCUGGUGUCACCAAACGCCUUCCGAGAUGGCAAUUUCUCCUUGGUGAUAAAAGGUGUAUCAGUAAAUGAUCAGGGUUUAUAUUCCUGUAAUCUCCAUCAUCACUACUGUCACCUGGAUGAAACAGUCAGAGUCCAGCUGAACACCACCAAGUCAGAACGUAAAGUGAAGAUGUACUGGGAUGGAGAAAAAGUUGUUAUUCUAGCUUUGAUUGGCACUGAUGUGGUACUGCCUUGUGAGAACUGGAAUCACAUGUGGACCGACCGCCACCGUGAAGCAGACCAGCAAGUGGUACAUUGGGAUCGGCAAGCCCCAGGAAUUCCGCAUGACAGAGCCGAUCGAUUGAUCGACAUGUAUGCUUCUGGAGAGCAGCGGUCAUAUGGUCCUCUCUUCAUCAGGAGAAAGAUGAACAUCACAGAUGAAGCAUUUGCCAAUGGAGACUUUUCCCUUCAUAUAUCGAAUCUGACAAGAGGAGAUGAAGGAACCUACUCUUGCCAUCUUCACCAUCAUUACUGUGGACUUCAUGAACGUAGAAUCUUUCAUCUAAAAAUCGACGAUCCACCUAGGGAACCACCAAAAGAACUUCCUAAAGAGCCUCCCAGAGAGCCUCCCAAGGUAGAGGAACCAGAGAAAACCAUCAAGGAGACCGCAGCAGCUCCAGCCAAAGAUUCCACCAUCAUCCGGGAAAACAAAGUGAUCAAUGUUAUAAUUCCGGAAAACAGGCUGCAUUUCUUCCAGCAGCUCGGAUACAUCCUGGCAACCCUUCUACUCUUCCUUCUCCUGCUCACAGCUGUAAUUCUCAUCACCCGCAAACAUUGCAGAAAAGGUUAUGGUUAUCACAUGGCCAAACCUCAACCGAAGGAGGUCAACAUGAAAGAAAUUUGCUUGAGACCCCCAGACCUGAUUCAGUAUAAAAAGGAGGAUCUCCACAUUGAUUAUAAAAAUAACAUUUUGAAGGAGCGUGCUGCUAUGGACAGACCCUUCACGCCAAAGAACAUUGACUUAGACCUUGAGCUACGCAAGGAGUACUGUAAAUAGAACUGAAUUCUUGCUACUGGCUGGCCCAGAAGCUGUAACUUCUACUAAGAAGAGGACCUCACUGGUUCUGUGGUGUUUUUAUUCAAUCUGCGUCUUACGUUUGACUUUGUGUCCUUUCCAUGCUGAUCUUUGUUCUCAGCGGCAGAUAUAUUUUCUGAAACCAUAAACAGUACAUUAAAGACAUUUUAAAUGCCUCUAUGGAAUGUAUACGGUGUAUCGUUUUAAAUUCUUAUUCUGUCUAUGCUAUCUAUCUACUUACAAGAGAUGGGAUUCAAGGAUAUGGAUAACUUUGUAGGUAUCUUGUUACCAUGGUGAUGGUGUCAUAGCUGCUUUCUGUAAUAGCUUUUGGUAGGAUUUCUAGGCCUUGAAUAGACAGCAGCAACUUACUGCAUACAGAAAAUAUAUUGCUGGCUUCUUAUUUGGCAAACUGGAUAAAUGCAUCUGCAGU